CCCGCUCGCCCUUCUCGCCCCCUCGCCUGCUCCCCGCGGCGCCCUCCCCGCUCCCCUCCCCGCUCCCCGCCCCCCGCCCCCCUCCCCGCUCCCCGCCCCCCGCCUCCCUCCCGCGCCCUCCCUCCCGCGCGCUCCCAGCCUUCGGCCGCCGCCUCGCUGAGCCCAGAACGAGCCGGGCCGGGGCGGCGGGGCCGGGCGGGGCUGCGGGCGGGCGGGCGGGUGCGCGGACCCCGCGGCUAUGAAGUGGCCCCCGGGGGCCCGGAGCCCGAGAGUCCCCGGGGAGGGAGCCGCACGCCGCCCAGGGCAGCAGUCUAGGGGCGCCGGGGCCGGGGCAUAGGGGCCGUCGCCCGCGAUGGACCGCACCAGAGACGCUCCGGACUCGUCGCCGCAGGAUGGGAUUAUUCCUGACCACACACCCCUGGGGGCUAGAAUGAGAUGAGAAAAGCAUCCUCGCUUUAUGCAGAUGCAGCCAGAUCGAGAGGCUGACGCUUUUUGGAGGUGUCCACCCCCCAGGGUUCCUGACCCCCGCCCCCGGACAGCGACCCCUUCUCAGACUCCAGUUGGGCCGGACUCUCCAAACCUGCUUCCGCAAUGGGUAAUGAGGAGCCGUGGGUGCAGCCAGCCUUGGAGAUGCCGAAGAGACGGGACAUCCUAGCGAUCGUCCUCAUCGUGCUGCCCUGGACUCUGCUCAUCACCGUCUGGCACCAGAGCACCCUCGCACCCCUGCUCGCCGUGCAUAAGGAUGAGGGCAGUGACCCCCGGCGCGAAACGGCGCCCGGCGCCGACCCCAGGGAGUACUGCAUGUCCGACCGCGACAUCGUGGAGGUGGUACGCACCGAGUACGUGUACACGCGGCCCCCGCCGUGGUCCGACACGCUGCCCACCAUCCACGUGGUGACGCCCACCUACAGCCGCCCGGUGCAGAAGGCCGAGCUGACGCGCAUGGCCAACACGCUGCUGCACGUGCCCAACCUCCACUGGCUGGUGGUGGAGGAUGCGCCACGCCGGACGCCGCUGACCGCGCGCCUGCUGCGCGACACCGGCCUCAACUACACGCACCUGCACGUGGAGACGCCCCGCAACUACAAGCUGCGCGGAGACGCCCGCGACCCACGCAUCCCGCGGGGCACCAUGCAGCGCAACCUGGCCCUGCGCUGGCUGCGAGAGACCUUCCCGCGCAACUCCAGCCAGCCUGGCGUGGUCUACUUCGCGGACGACGACAACACCUACAGCCUGGAGCUCUUCGAGGAGAUGCGCAGCACCAGGAGGGUGUCCGUGUGGCCCGUCGCCUUCGUGGGUGGCCUGCGGUACGAGGCCCCACGGGUGAACGGGGCAGGGAAGGUGGUCGGCUGGAAGACGGUGUUUGACCCCCACCGGCCAUUUGCAAUAGACAUGGCUGGAUUUGCCGUCAACCUGCGGCUCAUUCUGCAGCGAAGCCAGGCCUACUUCAAGCUGCGAGGUGUGAAGGGAGGCUACCAGGAAAGCAGCCUCCUUCGAGAACUUGUCACCCUCAACGACCUGGAGCCCAAGGCAGCCAACUGCACCAAGAUCCUGGUGUGGCACACACGGACAGAGAAGCCAGUGCUGGUGAAUGAGGGCAAGAAGGGCUUCACUGACCCCUCGGUGGAGAUCUGAGCCUCAGGAUGCAGGAGCCUCCUCCUCAGACCCUGUUCUUGGCCUUCCAUCCUCUCCCCACGGCUGACGGUCCCUCCAAGGCCGACUCCUAAGGAAUCACCAUCACCCUCCUUUCUAUUCUGGGGGCUUCUGAGAGAGCCCAGCCUGAUGCCAGAACAAAGGACAGAGAAUUUAAGCACAGAAAUCCCAGACCUGUUGUUCUCUCCAUCCAGCGUGACCAGGACCCGAGAGACCUGAUGACCAGGGUGGGGUGUCCAGCACCAGCCAAGCCGGUGCUCCAGCGCGCCUCCCCAGAGCUCCCCGCACUGACGGGGCUGCAGGAGCAGGUGCAGUGGGCGCCCACACCGGCCCUGCAGUGAUGUGGGGUGGGAGGGAGAUGAGAAGACCCCGCAGUCAAGUGGAGCAUGUGGCUUUUCCUGGCUCCCUGUCCCUGGGCUCAGCACGACCACACAGGACACCCAGCCAGGAAAUUCUGAAGACCAGAGAGCAGCCCACGGGCAUCACGAGCGCUCUGCUCCUCUCCUGGGCCCUUGCUCUUCCCGAGAGCUGCCCCCAAAUCAGACAUACCUCUGUGGCUCUCCUGGUUCAUGUUUACAGAGCAUAAGGCUGUCUUUGAUCCCAACAGGCACCCAGCCCUGCAUGGGGGAAGCCUGGGCCUAAUAGGCACCCCCUGUACCUCAGGCUGUGGCGGGAGCAGAGUCCCCUCCUCCGGCCCCUCUUCCUUUACCCCUUCUCCUCCAGCACUGGCAAAGGGGUGGGCUCUAGAGCCAGCACAGGUCACUGCCUGACCUGGACUAAGAACCCCACAGCCCCACUGUCCACACACUGCCUCCCACCGCCCCCCUCGGCUGCUGGGCCCCUCGCCUGGACUGGACUGGGGAGGGAAGGCACCUUUUCUUGCAGCUCUUCAGAGCCACAGACCUCAGGGUGGAGUGAGUCCGUGGUGGGCAGUGGGCAAGGCGGUGGGUGGUGGGCAAGGUGGGACCUCCAGCAGCCUGGAGAGAGGAGGGAGGUCAAGGCCAUUCCCUAACUCCCCCCUGCCCCUGGUCUGAGGAGGAGGGGUUCCGGAGUAGCAGAGGGGCUGGGGAAAAGGGGGCAGGGGCUGAUGGGACACUGAGCCUGAGCACACUGCUUUGGAAAUUAUUCUAAACACAAAAAAGGGAAAGAAAAUGUUACUUCUCCCUAAGUCAGGAGCAUGCAAAGCUAGCCCACCUCAUGUCCAGCUGUGCACUUUCCACCCUGGAGAAAGAACAGUGUGCCUCAAACUACUGCCCUCCCCAGGCCUCCCUGGCCCGCUAGAAAGGGCUGUGACUCCCCCAGGCCCGGCCGGGCUCUCUAGUGGUGAUCUGGCUCAUUCUCCUGCAAGUUGGAAGCACAAUUUUCCCCCAACUGGAGGAAAAGGAAAGGGCCCCAGCCUACUGAAGAGGUGUUUCUUUUUUAACUAACGGCCUCCCACCCCAUUAAGACUCACCAGGACAGGUCUGAGGGCCAUUCAGAACCCACUCCCGCGUGGGUGGGUGGGUGGGACUCAGUCCAGAGACCUAACCUUCAGAAUAUAGCAUUGGUUGCCUAUUCUGAGACGGAUUUAAUCUCCUGCAGUAUUCAUGAGACCACCUGAUGGAAUCAGAUCCCUCAGCCACCUUGCAGGACGUUUUCCCCAGCCUCUUACACCCUGGAUGUCACUUUAGAAACCAAGCCUGGAAGCAAGUGGGGUGGCAUGGGAGAGAAGGGAGGAGGUGGGCACAGGGCUGACCUGAUGUGUGGGCACUCCACUGUCUCACUCACAGAAGCCAGCGGAGUGCCAAGGUCAGCUUGGCUGGUCCGAGGCCUCUUAGCCAAAAACCCAGGGUUCAUUUUCAGGACAUUGAUAAUGAACAACAAAAUGGGGACUUCUUUUGGCAGAUGCUAGGUCAGUUGUUUUCACCUAAUAUCCUCUUUUAGCUGCAUGUAUAUUUAUUUAUAAUUAUAACCCUGGUGGACUGCAGCCUUCAUCUUUGUUGGGAAUGAGUUUGUUAUAAAUCAGAAAUGGGUCCAUGAUGAUGAUUGUUUUCCAAACCCAGUCUGUUCCCUGCCCCCUCACUGGCAAGCCCCACCACACAGGAGUGAGGCCAGGGGCUAGGAGUUCCAAGAACAGAGGCUGGGGUGAGGGGGGCACCCAGGCAGCUGCAUCUGGUCUGUUUUAAUUUAACUGUAUUUAAUUUGCUUUCAAAAUUAAAAGUCAAAUACAGUUUUUAACAGUCCUAA